AAGUCACUAAUUAAUGUGGUUGCAUGCCCAUGUCCUCCAGCAUGGUUGAGCACCUGCCAUGUGGCACUUAACCUUCCUGGUGCUGUGCUUGUUCCACUGCACCUGGGCCCGAUUUGUUGCCUAUUUUGACCGUUAUCUUAAGGAGGAGUGGUUCGCCCUCACUGGCGGCAGAGUUCGUCACACCACACCAGAUGCCCCAUGCCUGCGGAGCUUCGAUGCGGAUCCACGACUUCUCACAGCGAGUGGGGGGUCCUUAUGGGGCGGUGUGAGGCGCAUGCUACAACAGUUGAAGAAAUGCAGUUUCCUCGGAGGACGAUAUGUGAUCUUCGCUCCAGCGUUGCUCCAAAGUCGGGCCUGGCGGUUGGAGGCCUCGGGGAUGGGACCGAUCGGCGAGGUGCUCUCGCAAGUAUGGGCCAGUGAGGCUGAAGUGGAGCUAGAGUCCCGGAUUCAAUCUCAGAAUGUGAGCAAUCAGCAGUUUCAUGCUCUCAGCCACUUGGGAGUGUGUGUGCCACCUACUUGUGUUCGUAGCUUGGAGAGACAGGUUGGAUGGCAUGUCGUUUUGAAGAAGUUGGGUCUUCGGGGUGCUUAUGGCCAGGCACCCCCUAGAAGGAGCCAUGUCUUCGUGCGUCUCCAUGGCCCUCAAGACGCCCAACUUGCGGUGGAGCUGAGCGAAAGACUUGGAGACGCUUUCGGGGCUCCAAAACCUGCAUGGUAUUUGCAACCCUCCAAUUGGAAGAGCCGCCCUUCCAGACAUGGCUUCACACCCUCAAGCCUCACUCUCGGUUACUUCGAUCGUAUGUGGGGCAUGUGGAGCACACGGCUGCAAGUGAACUCGCGUCAGAGAACGGUCAUGUGUGCCAUUCCCAAGGUGGGACUCUCUCAGUUUUACAUGCUGAUGCAACGCAUUGGCCUGGUGAACGCCUCCUACUCCGACUUCGCCGACCCCAACUUGCGCUUCGCCGACCGCGUCGUGGCGUGGUUCGCGUCGCAUGACUAUUGGCGGGACGUGCGCUGGAAGUUCAUCGUUUUUGUUCGAGAUCCGCUUGAGCGCUUUCUGUCAGCUUUCAAUGACAAGUGCCUCCAACCCUCCACCCAUUGUGGAGUUGAUGUUCGACAGGGCUGGGCAAACGUCACGCUGAGCAGCUCUCUCCACGAAAAGGUUCGGGCCUUUCGGCUCUUUGUGGCCGUGCCGAUUCCAACCCGAACAAUGCUGCAGAACGAUCACUGGAUUUUGCAAAGCCUUUAUCUCCUGUAUGGAUGUCAAUUCACGUGGCAAAGGGUGGAUUUUGUGGGACUGAUGUCAUCGGAUCAGACUGGGAUGAACUUCCAAGUUCGCAUGAUGUUGCACAACAUCCUGGGCUUUUCAUGGGCGGUCGCUUCGUCGAUGGCAGAGUCGUACUUUCCCUCUACGGGCUUCGCCAGCGAACAUGCUGCCAAGCACCACAAGAUCAACCGGGGUCAAGCUGCCCGCACUUUCCAAACCUUCUACUCGCACAAGGACACUUUGCACAAAGUGCUUCGCUAUGUCCGGCAGGACUACAUUGCCUUUGGCCUGCCACUGCCCCGGUGGGCCGCAGAUUUGGUAAACGCCAGCUGGGAACGCUGGGGUGGUGUGACGAAAAAAGGACUCAACCGGGCCACCUGCACUUCCCACAGUUCCUCAAUCUUCCUUUGUCCUGGGAACCACAUGAACAGUACGCGGCGCGUGUGA